AUGUGGCAAUUGCGUGAGGCGUUUUCUUGUUACGCAAGUAUCUUUUAUUUCGUACGUUUUUUUUUCUCUCUUCUUUUUCAGAAUUCGAGGGCUUUCAGAAGUCGUUGAAGGAGAUCAGUCCGUGGUUGCAGUUCGUGGUUUCCGCGGACGAUCCUGGGAGAACGCUGUGUACUUCCGGCACCGUUGACGGAGUCGAAUUGAACAUGACUGCCGGAUCGAAGGAACGUCUGGUGCACUUUGUGAAGGGUUUGAAGGACGAACUGGUGAGAAAAUCGUACGACAAGAGAGUAUUCUUGGUUCUACCGACGAACUCGGAGGAACUCGCCAAACAGUUCGAUCUGAAGGAAUUGACCAAGUACGUGGAUCUGUUCACCGUCCCGACGCACUAUUUGGUCGAAGAUGACGAGACCCAUCGCACUUUUCAUCCGUCACGAUUGAUGGGCCUAUUCGACAUGUUCAAUGCCGACAGCUUGAUCGACUUGAUCAGCGGAUUAGGCGUGCCUAAGAGGAAGAUCCUGGUGUCGGUGCCGGCCAGCGCGUACAAGUUCACGCUGAAGGAUCAGGACGAUAAUGCCCCCGGGGCGCUAACCGAGGAGAUCCAGCCGGUUAUCGUUGAUCAGAAAGAGCUAUGCGAUUUAAUGAACAAAGGUGAGUGGACGGUGGAGAGGGACGAAGAUCUUACCGCUCCUUACGCGUUCAAAGAUAAAACGUGGAUCGCCUUCGAAGAUAGGAUAUCGGUUUCUAUAAAAGGAAAGUACGCGCUGAUACGAGAGCUUCCUGGAUUGGCCAUUCACGACGUCGAGAACGACUUUAAAACAACGUGCGGGAUGCCUCUUACGCACGAGGUUCAUCGUUCGUUCUCGAGCUUCAAGAGGAAGUCGAGGGCCGCUGUUCUGAACUCGUUGGAAGACGAUUUGCACCAAACCGAGCUCGAGUAUUCGACUAAAGUCAAGUCAUCCGAUUUUCGAGUGGUCCGCGUCGUGGACACCGAAGGGCACAUCAGAGUGGUUCGAGAAAACACGCAAACAGAGUUCACUUGCUCCAGACAAGGCUACUUCGUGCAUCCUAAAAGUUGCAACAGAUUCUAUCGAUGUGUCAAGUUCAACCAAGAAGUGGAGGACUACUCCGUGUUCGAGUUCGACUGUCCAGCAGGUCUAUCGUUCGACGAGCGUACAGAAGUCUGCGUUUGGCCAGGAUCUCUGCCUGAAGGAUCACCGUGUCCAGGAAGCAGCGAAAUCGCGCCGGUGCCUCGAGUGAGGUUUGAGUGCCCCUCUAAAUCUGGCUACUACGCGGAUCCGCAAAAUCCUCGUUGGUUCUUCGCCUGCGUCGACCUAGGAGGCCCUGAAAUAACGGCUUACGAAUUCCGUUGCCCGUUCGGCUUGAUCUUCGACGAGCAAAAGUUGAUUUGCGAGUGGCCGUGGUUGGUACCGGGUUACUCUGAUACCGCUUACACAAGAUCGGAAUAUGGCGGAGGAUACUACGGCACUGGAACUACCGCGGGUACUGGUGGAUACUACACAGGAGCAUUACCUCAUGGUUACACGGGUAGCCAGAGUGGGGAAGGGUAUACGGUUGGUUCGACGGUUGCCACUGGAUCAGGAUUUUCUGGAGCAGCUGGAGUUAGAGGCCACGGAUCACCGUUUGGACAAGGAAUAGGAUACUCUGGAUCAGCAGGAGCCAGUCAUGGAACAUCGUACAGUGGUCAAGGAUCCGGUGUAUAUUCUGGAACAACUGGAAGUGGAUACCUUGGAGCAGGAGGAGCUGCACAUGGAACUUCAUAUACUGGCCAAGGAUCGGGAAGUGGGUAUUCUGGUGCAGGAACUACGCAUGGAACUUCUUACACUGGUCAAGGGUCGGGUGUGUAUUCUGGAGCAACUGGAAGUGGAUAUUCUGGAGCAGGAGCUACACAUGGAACUUCAUAUACUGGUCAAGGAUCGGGAAGUGGGUAUUUUGGUGCAGGAACUACGCAUGGAACUUCUUACACUGGUCAAGGGUCGAAUAUAUAUUCUGGAACAACUGAAAGAGCUACGCAUGGAAUUUCUUACACUGGUCAAGGGUCGAGUAUAUAUUCUGGAACAACUGGAAGUGGAUACUCUGGAGCAGGAGGGUUUGGACAUGAAACUUCAAGAUCCGGUAUAUACUCUGGAACAACUGGAAGUGGAUAUUCUGGAGCAGGAGGAGCUGCACAUGGAACUUCCUACACUGGUCAAGGAUCAGGUGUACAUUCUGGAAUAACUGGAAGUGGAUAUUCUGGAGCAGGAGCUACACAUCGAACUUCAUAUACUGAUCAAGGAUCGGGAAGUGGGUAUUCUGGUGCAGGAACUACGCAUGGAACUUCUUACACUGGUCAAGGGUCGAAUAUAUAUUCUGGAACAACUGAAAGUGGAUACUCUGGAGUAGGAGGAGCUGCACAUGGAACUUCCUACACUGGUCAAGGAUCGGGAGUACAUUCUGGAACAAUUGGAAGUGAAUAUUCCGGAGUAGGAGGAGCUACACAUGGAACAUCAUAUACUGACCAAGAAACAACUGGAAGUGGAUAUUCUGGAGCAGCAGGAGCUGCACAUGGAACUUCCUACAGCGGUCAAGGAUCGAGUAUAUAUUCUGGAACAACUGGAAGUGGAUAUUCUGGAGUAGGAGGAGCUGCACAUGGAACUUCCUACACUGGUCAAGAAACAACUAGAUAUUCCGGUUCAGGAGCUGAUCAUGGAUAUUCAGGAACUGGAACAAGCUACAGUGGAGGAUCUCAAGGUACAAAAUAUUCAGGAGAAACGACUGAUACUGGAUAUACAGGAGUUGGAAGCAUUGGACAUGUAGGAACGACUGGAUCUGUUGUAUCUGGUCAAGGAUAUACGGGACAAGGCUUCAUCAGUCAUGGUGUUGGUGGUGGAGCUAUCGAUGGAGGAUAUUCAGGAACGAAGGGAGGAUCUAUCGGCGGAUCUACUGGAGGAUAUGCUGGAUCAGGAACAACUGGUACCAGAGGAUACGCUGGAACCACUAGUGGAACUCACACUGUGAAUCACGCUGGAUCAGGAAGUGGUUAUUUCGGCUCGACAGGAUCUUCCACGGGAAUUGACUAUUCCGGAGCUGGUUCCGCAGGCACAACUGGGCAUGGAUAUUCUGGACAGACAUUUGGUUCUCGUCAAUCACAAACGCCAAUUUAUUCUUCCCCUGGUGCACCUGGAAUUGGAUUAGAGCACGGUGUAACCAACAUAUAUUCACAGACUCCUCGACCCCUUUUCGCGAAUAAGCCCGAGACACCAACCUGUGUCACUAUCAAUUGUUAUGGAAUUUCUCAACCGUCAGCUGGUCAGACCAUCGUGACAGGCGGCUACGUUCCAAGCCACGGAGCUACUGCUGGAACAAAUAUUUACCAAGGCACAACUGGAUUUCCCGGAGGCUCGAACGCCACUUUUGGCAGUCACGUACCUUCCAUUGCAGGUGCAACGUAUUAUGGAGGCAUUACACCUACUGGUGGCUUUGGAGUUGCGACGGAUACAGGUGGUAUCGUCACAGGACACGGCAUCCAAGGAUCGAUCCUCACUGGAGACUCUACUCCAGGGACGCUCAUCACCCAUGGAGGUGCUUCUGGCACUAUUUUUACUGGUUCGUCCAAUCAAGGCAGCAUAAUAACCGGAGAAAGUCAGCCAGGAUACACGAGAACUGGUCCUGGAUCGCCUGGAUACGUGGUCAGUGACGGAGCGAAAACUCUGUUCCCGGGAUCAGUCAGUCCUGGAACGACGAUAUACGGAACAUCUGCACCCGGUGUCGCAGUAACUGGAACACUUUCACCUGGAACUGUCCUAAAGGGUCAACCGAGUCCUGCAAUAGUCCUCACGGGACAGACAGCUCCUGGAGUAUCUAUCGGAUCGCCGUUUGGAACGAAGAUUGGAACCACACCGUCGACUUUCGAUACCGGUUACAAGACCAACGAGUAUCACGACAACGGAGGACGCGGCACCAUCAAGUUCAACAACGGCGACGUGACUACCAAGUACACGGAGAACGAUAUUCCAGAUUACAGACCAAGCGGGGGCGCGAUUCCUCCAGAUACUCUUCUUCCAGGAAGGAAAAGUCCCGGUAUUAUUUCCACUGGGUUCACUAAAACUGGACCUACCAAAACAGGUUUCACUACUGCUACUUUGGGCGCGGGUGGUAGUUACGUAAUUAGCACUGGAAGGACAAGUCCUGCGCCUAAUCCUGACCACAUUGGCGCGAAAGCUUUCGAAGGCAACGUGGCAGGAUACACGAAAUCGUCCACCGAAAGCAGCGCUAACACGGUAGCAACUUCGACGUACAGACCAGGCAGUUUAGGCUAUUCUUAUCCUACGCCCAGCAUUCCGUUCGACACGGGAGUCACGAAGAAUUUGCCCAUCUCUUCGACCGAGAGCGGCGUCGUUGGUGUAACUACCCCAACGCCGUUCUUGAGUGUCGAUAUAUACAACACACCGAAAUUCGGUGAGAUUAUCGGUUCAUCCACGAUUGCGAGCACGUAUCCGAGGCCAAGCGGUUUCACGCGAGCCCCGACUGCAACUAGCACGCCGUUGCUCUAUACCACCGGACCAUUGGAGAAUUACAAAACGACCGUCUUCGAAGCGGCUAGGAUCCCCGUCACUGUUUCUACGGUUCAGCCAGUGAUCGACACUGGAUACAAGACUGUCGUAUCUUCUACACAAGUGCCUGUAACCAUAAGUCGAGAUAAAUUUGGUACUCAAACUGGAACGCCUGUGUUUAAAGUAUCGUCAAUGUAUCCAGCUGGAGAACCGCAGUACAACUAUGGACCUACCACCCCAUCACCAGCCAUUGGAGUAACUUACGGAACGCCGUUCUCGUUGCCCGGUGUCAGCUAUCAACAAUCGACGCCACUCCCAUCGGGUUCGCCUGCAAACGUGGCAAUCGCCAGGGACGAAGUUGGAAAGCUCGUUACCAAUUACAACAGAGGCACUACGAAAUACGUGUCGAGCCAAUUCGGCGACGGUUACGCGGCCAAUCGGCAGAGUUAUGGCUCGUCGACGCCGUCAACCGUCUCUGAAACUUACUUCGCAGGAUACUCCAGGCCAUCUUCUCUCACGACGUAUCAGACCACCGACAAGUCCACGGCCGUUGGACGAGGCAAAGUAAUCGUGAAGUGGAGCGAUCUGCACCCUCUUCUCCUGGGGAAACUAGGAGCCGAGUGUACCUGCAGAGGGGAUCCUUUCGCAAAUCUCAGAGGCCCUGGCUCCAAGCUGAUCAACUCGUCCAAGGGCAAGGUCGACUUGUACAACUACGACGAGUCGGACAUCUACGUGGACCUUGAGAAGGAAGGCUCCUACGAGUCUCAAGAUUACCAAGUGACCAAUCACGAGUCGUCGUCGAAGCAACCGGUCAAGAUCUACAACGAACUCUCGCAAGCUAUAGGGGCCACGAGCACUCAAGCUCCAGGGAAGCCAUCGUUCACUUACCUGCCGACGAACGUUGCCUCUUCCGCGAGCUUCCUAGGAUCUCGCGCCAAUUCGGGAUUCACUGCCAACUUCAGAUCUGCCAAGAGUCUAAGCGGCAAACGCCUGGCUGUGGAACGUUCCGUCGACGAAUCCAGUUCCGAAGAGAAUGACGCCUCGGAGGAGAUCAUCGACGGAAGCAACAACUGCGCGAGACCGGGUCUCUUCAGGCACCCUAACUUCUGCAACAAGUUCUACGCGUGCUAUUGGGACGAGUGGAAGAAGAGGUUCACCCUGCACGUGUUCAAAUGCCCCGUGCAUUUGACCUUCGACAAGGGGGCGGCCGCUUGCAACUGGCCCAGCAUGGGCCCCGCUUGCCAGGACGAUAAUUUGUUGGUUUAGAUGGUUCGCCGUCAUCGGUGGGCAGCUCUUAUCGAUCUCGCGCGUCGCGGCGUUCUCGGUUCUCCUUCGAGGAGAUGGCAAUGA